UGAGCCAACUUGUCUUUCUAAUGAUGGGCUUCACCUCGCUGACUAGAGUUAAUACAUACAAAAGAAGUGCAAUUUGAAUAGAACUAUUUAUAGAAACUCUACCGUAUCUCUUUUCAACCGCAGGAGAGAGCAGAGUUACAUCGUGAUUGAAAACUUUUGAAGCUCAGAAGCACUAUUUCAAGUCGAGUCGAGCAAAAGAGAGACGUAAUCCCCUGCGAAACCUACAACGGUUUGCUUUCUUACAAGAAAUUAACUCAUUUGCUGGAUUCUGGCGAAUUUCGCUGCCGUCGGCCGGAGCAGUCCGUGAUGUGCGGCCUGCCGUCGUUCCAUCCCCGCGACGGCGGGGGGAGGAGUAAAGUCGUGGUGGUGAUGGGCGCUACGGGCACGGGGAAGUCGCGCCUCGCCAUCGACCUCGCCCUCCGUCUCGGCGGCGAGGUCAUCAAUUGCGACAAGAUGCAAGUCUACGCCGGCCUCAACGUCAUCACCAAUAAGGUCACUCCGGAGGAGUGCGCUGGCGUGCCGCACUACCUCCUCGGUGUCGCCCCUCCUGACGCCGACUUCACCGCCGCAGACUUCCGUCGUGAGGCUACCCUGUUGGUAGACCUGAUUGCGAGGCGUGGCCGGCUCCCCAUAAUCGCGGGAGGUUCCAACUCGUACAUCGAGGAGCUGAUCGAGGGGAAUGGCGGGGAGUUUUGCUCGCAGUACGAUCGUUGCUUCCUGUGGGUGGAUGUAGAGCUGCCGGUGCUGCAUGAUUUUGUGGCGGACCGCGUGGACCGUAUGGUGGAGCGUGGUCUGGUGCAGGAGGUGAAACAAGUGUUCGACCCCGACAACAAUGACUACUCGAAAGGGAUACGGAAAGCGAUAGGGGUGCCGGAGAUGGACCGGUACUUCCGGUCGGAGGGGACGGCGGUUGACGAGGCGGAGCGUCGGCGGCUUCUAGCGGAUGCGAUUGACGAUAUCAAAGCGAGCACUUGCAGGCUCACCUGCUGCCAGCUAGAGAAGAUCCGGCGGCUGCGCACGCUGCCCGGGUGGGACGUCCGUCGGGUGGAGGCGACGGAGGUGUUCUUGAAGAAAGGGAAGGAGGCGGCCGACGAGGCCUGGGAAAGGAUGGUGGCUGGCCCCAGUACUCAAAUUGUUCAGGAGUUUUUGUAUGGAUUGAAGAAUGAUGACUUAGAGUUGCAAAGGAGAGGUAUCAAAAAGGAUCUAAGCAAUAAAACAGUAGCUUUUACUGCAGCAGCUUCUGCAAUUGAGAGCAGAUUCUCCACCACUACUGGUCUUGCUGUUGUGGGAGCCGCCGUUUAGGGAUUCAGCUUUUGCUCGGGUGUUUAUAAAAGAGUUCAGCUCAGCUGAAGAACGCACUAACAAACUAUUUUAUAAUGGUUCUGCACUAUAACCUACCGGUCGGUUAUCUCAUGUCCUAUUUUUAUUUUUAUU